AUGUUCCCUAAGAGACUUAUAAACUUAUCAAUCAGAUCUUCCAGGUGUUUAUCUUCUAAGGCGAUCCCUGAAUUUUAUUACAGGAACCAACAAUCAGCCACGACGAAUGGCUUCAUCGGCGCUAUCGGUAACACUCCCCUCAUACGCUUAAACUCCCUUUCCGAAGAAUCUGACGCUGAGAUUCUCGGUAAGGCUGAAUUCAUGAACCCAGGUGGCUCCGUUAAAGAUCGCGCUGCACUCGGUCUUGUUCUCGACGCCGAAGAGAAAGGUCUGCUCAAACCACGCGGCACUGUCGUCGAAGGUACUGCUGGUAACACAGGUAUCGGUCUUGCGCACCUCUGUCGAGCACGCGGCUACAAAUGCGUCAUCUAUAUGCCAAACACGCAAUCAGCUGAAAAAAUUGAUUUGCUACGCAUGCUUGGUGCAGAAGUUCACCCUGUCCCCGCCGUCGCUUUCGACAAUCCACAGAACUACAAUCAUCAAGCUAAGAGACAUGCUGACGACAUUGAGAAUGCUGUGUGGACAAACCAGUUCGAUAAUCCUGACGGGAAUCGCGCCAUUCACCUCCAUACCACCGGUCCUGAGAUUUGGUUGCAGACUAAUGGCACCGUUGACGCUUUCACUUGCAGUACAGGCACUGGUGGUACUUUUGCUGGCGUUACCAAUUACCUGAAGUCUAUGAAUAAAGAUAUCGGCUGCUAUAUCGCUGAUCCACCAGGUUCCGUCUUAGCAAGCUACGUGCAAUCCCAUGGCCAGAAGAUGGACAGAGAUGGUGGCUCCAUUACUGAAGGUAUCGGUCAAGGUAGAAUCACUGAGAAUAUGAAAGACGACGUCAAAAUUGCUGAUGGUGGUUUCACAGUCCCUGAUGCUGAUUCCAUUGCUAUGUUGUAUAGAUUGUUGGACGAAGAAGGUAUCUAUCUCGGUGCCUCUUCUGCUCUCAACGUAGCCGCUGCUUUCAAACUCGGAAAAGAUCUCGGUAAAAACGCGGACGGAACCAGACGUAAAAUCGUCACUAUUCUCUGUGAUGGCGCUUACAGAUACCAGUCUCGUCUCUUUUCCCGCAAGUGGCUCGAAUCUAAGGGAUUGGUUGAUGCCAUUCCGCAACAUCUCCAAAAGUAUAUCGUUUUAGAGUAG